CCUGUCCUGAGUGCUCAAUUAUCAGAAGUUCUUCCAAAAUGGUCUACACCAUCGUCACAUGAGGGCCAAGCCCGACCAGGAGAGCAUCUCCAAGCUGUCCGCCAAGCUGCAGGAAGCGUCGGCCGUGUACUCCAAGGACAAGGAGACGCUCUCCUGGCACGUCAUGCAGUCCGUCCACGACCCGCAGGACUUUUGCAUUGUCGAGCGCUACCUCAACGAGGGCUCGCAGACUUACCACCUGAACAACCCUUACUGGAAGACGUUCGACCCUUAUGUUAUUCCGCUGUUGGAGAAGGAGAUGGAUCUGAGGCGGUUUGAGGAGCUUGAGCCGAAGGCUGAAUAAGUGUAUUUAGUACUGCUUCCAGUCUAUCAAUGCAAAUAAUGGAUUGUUUAUAUGUAACCGACUAUAC